CAAACUGACUCAAAUGAUUCGCGAACCCGCUCCGAACUUCCAAACUGACUCAAAUGAUUUGCAAACCCGCUUUGAACUCCCAAACUGACUCAUAUGAAUCAUGCUCUGAACUCCCGAACUGACUCAAAUGAUUCACAAUCUGAAGUUCCCCCUGAGUGUGUGUGUGUGUGUGUGUGUGUGUGUGUGUGUGUGUGCGCGCGCUCUUAUCUCUCUGACGCUGUUUAAUGAGCGCUAAUGAUCUCAGUUAAUGAAUGGCAAACACUAACUGGAUGUGGUUCUCCUCUUCGAGUGUGUGUGAAUCGCGCUGUUGAUUCAGCAUCUCCUCCGCUGCGCUGCGUGUGUGUGAGACUGGGGGUGUGCGCGCGCGUGUGUGUGUGUGAGCAUGAUCGAGUGCAUGUGGACGCGUGAGGCACAUGUGUGAUCCGCAGACAGACAGCUGUAUUUACCCGGAGAAACCGCGCACACUCGCCGCUCAGCGUCGCCAGGAUGCCCGAGGAGGUGAACGAGAAGCCGGAUCUGGAGGAUCCUUCAGCUCAACACACCGAAGAGCAGACGGAGGAGACGGCAGAAACCCCAUCCUCAGACACGUCCAGCCCCGAACGCUCAAAUCAGACAGAAACACAUACUGAGAGUCCUGAGAGCGAACCUGAUGAACAGGUCGUGCCCAGCCUCCUGAAGGACGCUUCAUCUGAAGAGUUGGAAGUAUCCCAGAUACCGUAUCCGGAUGUUCAGUGUCCAGAUCAAGCUCCUGAUUCCUCCGGCGAGAAGGACGAUACACACACGAUUCGACCUCCUCACCCUGACCCCGGCGUGACCUCUGACCCUCCCAAUGAGAUUCCCACAGAUCAGCCGUCUCUGUACGGCACACUGAAUGCUCAGGCCGUCACACUGCUGCACGGAUUACCCUUCUUUCCCGGCCGGACCUUCUUUCCGGAGAACUGCUUCACUCUUCCGCUCCACCGCGAUGGUUUCACACGUGGUGUUUCCAAACCAGAACCAGACACAGUCCAUCACAUGAGGCCCGCGCUGGACCUCACCACACACACAUAUUUACAGGACCUAUACCGUGCACAGACGCUCGUCCCGCAGAAACGCGCCAGCAUGGUGAGCCUCGACACCAUCCGCAAGGAUCCACGCUGGCGGGACCCGAACCUGCGGGAGGUCAUCUCCAUGCUGAGCCACCCCAUGGACCCGGUGAAGUCCAACGCCGCUGCGUAUCUCCAGCACCUGUGCUACGAGAACGACUCGGUCAAGCAGGACGUCCGGCAGCUGCGAGGGAUCCCCGUCCUGGUGGGGCUUCUGGAUCAUCCCAAAGCCGAGGUCCAUCGCAAGGCCUGCGGCGCGCUGAGGAACAUCUCCUUCGGCCGGGACAACUUCAACAAGGUGGCCAUCAAGAACGCGGACGGCAUUCCUGCGCUGCUGAGGCUCCUGAGGAGAUCCGACGACGUGGAAGUUCGAGAACUCGUCACAGGAACGCUGUGGAAUCUCUCGUCCCAUGAGCCUCUGAAGAUGAUGGUCAUCAACCACGGCCUGCAGACGCUGACCGACGAGAUCAUUAUCCCUCACUCGGGUUUGAGAGGAGACCCGAACCACCCGUCUCGACCCGGAGCCCCGGAGUGGAACACACUCUUCAAGAACACUUCUGGAUGCCUGAGGAACGUGAGUUCAGACGGAGCUGAAGCUCGACAGAGACUGCGUGACUGUGACGGUCUGGUGGACGCUCUGCUGCACGCGCUCUAUUCUGCUGUCGCCAACAGGGACAUCAAUAACAAAUCGGUGGAGAACUGCGUCUGUAUCUUGCGUAAUCUGUCGUAUCACGUGCACAAAGAGGUUCCUGGAGCUGAGAGAUUCCAAGCAGUCGAUCACAGCGCGAAACCAGGAGGACACCAGAAGAAGAAGGACGAGCCGGAACGUUCUGGAGGACUAACGAGCAAAGAAGAAUGGUUCCAUCAGUGUAAGCGUCACAGAGUCGGAGAGAAGAAGAGCAGUGUUGUGGAUCAGUCCAGGAGGAGUCUGCGGAUGAAAGGCCUGGAGCUUCUGUACCAGCCGGAGGUGGUGCGACUCUAUCUGUCUCUCCUCAAACUGAGUCAGAACCACAACACACUGGAGGCAGCGGCCGGAGCCCUGCAGAACCUGUCAGCCGGACACUGGACCUGGUCCAGUUAUAUCCGAGCGACGGUGCGUAAAGAGAAGGGUCUGCCGGUGCUGGUGGAGCUGCUGCACUCCGACGCUGAUAAAGUGGUGCGAGCCAUCGCCAUCGCGCUCAGAAACCUCGCCAUCGACCACAAGAACAAAGAUCUGAUCGGGAGUUACUCCAUCAGGGAUCUGGUCAGUAAUCUGCCCUGCGGUCAGCAGCGACCCGCCAAGAACCUGGAGGGAGACACGGUGGUGGCCGUCCUGAACACUAUACUAGAGAUCGUCUCGGAGAACCUGGAGAACGCCCGCUUCCUCAUCCAGGGACAGGGAAUCCAGAAACUGGUCUCAAUCAACAGAACCAGCCAAUCGGUGCGCGAGACCAAAGCCGCGUCACACAUCCUGCAGACGGUCUGGGCCUAUAAGGAUCUGCGACACACGCUGUGUAAGGCCGGCUGGAACAAAACACACUUCAAGCCAGCCGUCUCCAGUCUGCCCAAAAAACAGAGGAACGGGAAGCAAGGGAACGAUGACAUCACACUGCCCUUAAUGGAGAAGAACCAAGAUGGAUGCUGUAGUGUGGAUCAGGUCGAGCGAGCAGCAGAUGUUCAGUGUCACAUGAUUGAACGAGAAACUUUUCAGGGAGUGAAUGAUAAGAGGCUUUUCAUCAGGACCAGCAGACCUGCGGUUGGUUUAGUGGAACGAACACCACAGCCGCUGGAUUCAUGGGUCUGAUCCGGCUCACGGCUGGAGAUCCACUUUCAGACCUGCAUUUAGACUGACAUUAUCAGCCUUCAGCACAAUUCACCACAGAAUCACACGAGAGAAAUACAACACUGUCCACAUCGAUGACCGUCGUGAAGGAGAGCUGGAGGAACCGUGUCCGAUCCGUCUGGAAGUGGAAGUUGACUCUUUGCUGCUUUGGCAAUCUUCACUGUUAAACUCAAGAUUCAUGAUGAUGUGACGAGUCAUUUAUUGAUCGUUUAACAUCUGAUCAUACAUCACAUUAUGAUCUUGUGUUGUUGCUAUUGUUUAUUUUUUAUUGAUGAGUCUCUAAAUUGUAUAAUAGUGUUCCAAUCACACAGACAAUUUCAUCUCUUUAAUCUAAAGGUUUAUGCAUAAAAAAUAAAAAUAAGAAUAUUAAUAGGUUUUUGGGACUGGAAAAGCUUAAUAUAGCCUAUAUAUCAGAGAUUUUAACUCAUUCCUUUCAUAACAUCAGAGAUUUAAUUGCUUGAGAAAUAAACAUCUCUUUUUAAUAACUCUAUUUCGUCAUGCAUCCAAUAGAAAAUAAAUUAAAUUAAAUUAAACGUAUUCUUGCUUCGUGGCAAUUAGUCGCAAGCCGAAUGAUUCGCUCGUCUGGUGUGCAUUCGAAUCUUUGGAGCGAUUCGAAAGAAAAGAGUCGAUUCAAACGAUGCGAGUGUGGAGCGUUUUUUGAAUUCGCAUCGGUUACAGAAUCACUGAAGCUUCAGAUGCUGAUCAGCAGAAACGAGUGAAAAUCAUCGAUCACAGACGGAGAAGAACCAAAGCAACGCGAAGAGAAACACAACAGGUGUGUGUCACACUCAUAUUCAUUCAGAAUGUACAACUUUAUAUGAUCUGUAAACGAAUCUCUUUGAUCGACGCUGAAUAGAUCAUUAGUUCAUGUGCCUUCAGAGCAGCUUCAGUGUGGACCCUACUCUAACUCUUCAGAACACAUCAGACACAUUUUAAUUUAUUACAAAUACUUUUGUAUAAACAUUUAUUUACAACAAUUGUAACAGUGGAGGAGAUUUGUCCAGGUCAGGAUAAUUUAGUUAAAACGAAUCAU